CUAGCUAGCUAGAGUUCUAAAAUUCAGGUGGGUCUAGUGGUGGCGGACCUGGCGGUGGCGGUGGCAGCAGCGACAGUGGAGGUGGCGCCGGUCAAGAGUCAGAAAUGGAGAUUGAGGUGUCAAGCACAAUCGGCAACUUAUCGGAGAUGGGCUCUUCGAGCAGCAGAGAUGACAUCGGGACGUAUUUGGUAUGGGAGGAUCUAACGGUGGUGUUACCCAACUUUGGCAAAGGACCAACAAGGAGAUUGCUCCAAGGCCUCAGUGGUUACGCUGAACCCGGUCGAAUCAUGGCCAUCAUGGGUCCAUCCGGGUCUGGCAAAUCCACACUACUUGACUCUUUAUCAGGUAGGCUUUCUGGAAAUGCUAUCAUGACUGGGAAUGUUCUCAUCAAUGGGAAGAAGAGACUAGACUUUGGAGUUGUUGCUUAUGUAACCCAAGAGGAUGUUCUGUUGGGAACGCUCACAGUUAGAGAAACUAUCUCUUACUCUGCUCAUCUCAGACUUCCCACUACUUUGAGCAAAGAAGAGAUAGAUGAGGUGGUUGAAGGCACAAUCUUGGAGAUGGGUCUUCAAGAUUGUGCAGACAAAUUGAUAGGGAACUGGCAUCUAAGGGGAAUCAGCGGUGGAGAGAAGAAGAGGGUUAGCAUUGCACUGGAGAUUCUCACACGUCCUCGUCUCUUGUUUCUCGAUGAACCCACCACUGGGCUUGAUAGUGCAUCAGCUUUCUUUGUUAUUCAAGCUUUACGAACUACUGCUCGAGAUUGGAGGACUGUAAUCUGCUCUAUACACCAGCCAAGUAGUGAAGUGUUUGAUCUGUUCGACGAUUUGUUUCUCCUCUCCAGUGGAGAAGCUGUUUACUUUGGAGACGCUAAGAAAGCUGUGGAGUUUUUCGCUCAAGCUGGAUUCCCUUGUCCUAAUAGAAGAAACCCUUCUGAUCACUUUCUUCGAUGUAUCAAUCGAGAUUUCGACCUUGUACAUGCAACUCUAAAGGGAUCUCAGAGGAUUCGUCGAGAAAUUCAAGUAGCAUCAGAUCCUCUAAUGAAUUUGGCAGCUACAAGGAUAAAAGAAAUCCUCGUUGAAAAAUAUAGGACAUCAGAGUAUGCAACACAUACAAGAAGACGGAUUCGAGAACUCGCAAACGUUAAAGGACUUCCCACUGGAUCAAACAGUGGAAGCGAGGCCACCUGGUGGAAACAACUGGCCACAUUGACAAGGAGGUCUUUUGUAAACAUGUACAGAGAUAUUGGGUACUACUGGCUAAGGAUAAUAGUCUACAUAAUGGUAUCUCUGUGUGUUGGCACCAUCUAUUUUGACGUUGGCACUAGCUAUAGCUCAAUCUUGGCGAGAGGAGCAUGUGGUGGGUUUGUAUCUGGCUUCAUGACAUUCAUGUCCAUAGGGAGCUUCCCAUCUUUUAUUGAAGAAAUGAAGGUCUUUUCUCGAGAGAGGCUCAAUGGGCAUUACGGCAAUGCAGUGUUCAUCCUAUCCAACUUCUUCUCCUCUUUCCCUUUCUUGGUUGCUGUGUCUSUGGUGGCUGCAACCAUAACAUAUUACAUGGUGAAACUACACUCAGGGUUCUCUCAUUAUGUGUUUUACUGUAUUAAUCUUUUUGGCUGCAUUGCUGUUGUAGAAAGCUGCAUGAUGGUUGUUGCAGCUCUGGUACCCAAUUUUCUCAUGGGCAUCAUCACUGGGGCAGGAAUUAUUGGAAUCAUGAUGAUGACUUCUGGGUUCUUCCGAAUGCUGCCUGAUCUGCCCAGAGCCUUCUGGCGCUAUCCAAUUUCGUAUAUCAAUUAUGGGGCAUGGGCGUUACAGGGCUCAUACAAGAACGAUUUGCUGGGGCUCGAGUUUGAUCCUCUGGUACCUGGUGAUCCUAAACUGAAGGGAGAUGUAAUCAUCCGGACAAUGUUUGGGAUUCCGCUGGAUCACUCCAAGUGGUGGGACUUGACUGCUGUCAUGGUCAUUCUCGUAUGCUACAGGAUACUCUUCUUCGUCGUACUAAAGCUGAAAGAGAGAGCAUCGCCAUUGUUCCACACCCUUUAUGCCAAGAGGACACUCCGACAGCUUAAGAGGAGGCCUUCAUUCAAGAGAAAGCCAUCUAUCAAGAGAUAUCCGUCCUUCCCAUUGUCCUUUCAAGAGGGUCUCAACUCAGCACUCCCUUAGAGACAGCAGCAAUCAAAUCCCUGUUAGAGCUCAGAAUAAUUCCUGUAACAUGUCUCAUGAACUUCAUUAACUAUGUUCCUGAAUGGAUUUAGGUUUGAGAAAUGUUGGAAUUUUUGUAUUUUUACAACAAAAUAUCGUGUACUUACAGAGAAUGUGGAUACGUAAUUCAAUGUCAUAUUCUUAUUGUUCUCUAAA